AACUGAUUUAAUGCAGCUUUUUCAUUUUUCUUAUCUGUUCUCAGGGUCAAUCAAUUCCGUUAAUACAGCAGGUCACCGACUUCAUAACGGUACGUGCAGAAUUGCUGAGAAAGUUAGGAGCUCCCAAAACACAGAAGCUUUUAUCUAGAUCUCUUUUUAUCAUUGUGAUCGGUAGCAAUGAUCUCUUUUACUACUUUGGCUCCCAGUCACGAAUCACCCCACGCCGGUUUGUGGAUAACAUGCUUAGCACGCUAAAAGAACAGAUUAAGAGAUUACACAUGUAUGGCGCACGCAAAUUUCUUUUUACGGGGGUUCCGGUGAUUGGAUGCGUUCCUGAAGAAAGGGUCAAGAAUGAAACCGGAGACUGCAAUCAAGAAAUAAACUACUGGGCCACCAAGUACAAUGAAGGACUGGUGCCAAUGUUGAAAGGGUUGAAAUCAAAGCUUCAGGGCAUGAACUAUACAUACUUUGACACCUACUCUUUCAUGCAAAAAAUCAUCGAAAACCCAUCUACUUAUGGAUUCAGAGAGAUUAAGUCUGCUUGCUGUGGGCUUGGGAACCUUAAAGCGAUUGUCCCCUGUGGGCCCAUUGCAAACUAUUGUCCUAACAGGAAAGAUCAUUUUUUCUGGGAUCUAUACCAUCCAACGGAAACAACUGCUCGGAUUUUUGCUGAUGCAAUUUAUGACGGUUCGUCUGAGUAUACAUUUCCGAUGAAUUUGAGGCAGCUGGCUUCUGCGCCCUGAGGAUGGAUUAUAGAAAAGCAGGAGGCAUUCUCUAGGGUAAAAUGUCCCACAAAGCAUUUGUAUCAGCAGCAAUACUAUAAAUUUAUCAAAUUUAU